AUGUCCGGUGGCGAUAAUAAAUUGCUGCUCCAGCUGAUUCAAAAGCUAGGCCUGGCCAACCAUGAGUCCGUUGCGCCGAAGACGACCGAAUUGCAGCGACUGCUCGAUAUCCGUGCGUCCGGUGGUUUGUUGGCCAAUUUCGGGGACUACGCGAAGGUGACACUAUGCAUCGAUCUCGCGUCCAGUCUACUAGGAUUACCGUUCGACGGUGAGACGGCGCUUAAGCUUUCCGGUCUUAAGAAAACUGCUUACGCAAACGGUCGCCGUACGUUGGAAAAAAUUCUCGACAUCAACAAAGUGAUCGGCAUCGGGGAGAUCUGCGUGCCGCUGGGCCUGAGCCAGGUGCAGCAGGAUGCAACUAAGCUGCUGGAAGCCUACAAGCGGUACACCACGGGAACCGGACAAAGCGAGAUCGAUUUCUCCCACCCACAGUACGCAGCGAUGGCCGUGUUUCAGGCCUGCAAAAAGCAGAAGGUGAAACCGCCCAAAACGAAGCUGCUACCCUUCAGCCACCUUAAGCCGACGCAGUGGAGCAUGCUGGAGAAAAAUUGGGAAAAGUUUUUAACCGUUGCACCGUCCAUUCGGCAACAAGUUGACAAGCUGGCUGAAGCAGCAACGCCGAAGGAUGGGCAGCAUCCGGAGCAGGGAAAGGAAAACCCGACCGGUGCCACUCGGAAGCACCGGAGUCCGGAAAAGAUCGAACCAUACCACAACUGGAAGAAACGAAUGCUGGAAAAGGCAUACCGUGAGCUGGAAUUGUUACGAGGCAGCGGUUAG